AUGGAAAGCAAAGAGCACCAGAAAAUGUCCUUCUACUUCAUCACAAUGGUCAUUCUUGCCAUUUUCAGAUCGAUGUCAGUUCACUCGACUACCUUGAGCUCAGAGAUUGAUGUCCUAAGGGCCUUAAAGGAAGGGAUUGAUCCCAACUCGAUUCCAAGCAAUUCAUUCAUCAGCACCUGGGAUUUUGCACUGGAUCCUUGUGAGAGCACAGGGGCUCACUUCCUUGGGAUCCUCUGCUCGAUUCCUGAGGACAACUCAAGCAGUCGUAUCACGAUACUUGACCUGGAUGGUGUUGGGUAUGAUGGAUUUCUCACUAGUGAUAUUGGGAACCUGACCGAGCUCACCAUCCUUAACUUGAGCAGAAACAAGUUUCGAGGACCAAUUCCCGACAGUGUAACCAAGCUUAACAAGUUAACUGCACUUGUGAUGUCUGACAAUUUCUUUACUGGCAGCUUACCACUAGGACUAAGAAGACUGAAAAGGAUCCAAGAGCUAGAUGUCUCGCGUAACAAACUUACCGGCUUGAUACCUACUUGGCUCACCAACUUUAGGAGCCUCGAGUCCUUAAAAAUGGCAAGCAAUGGAUUUUCUGGGCGUAUCCCUAACUUGGCAGGGUUAUGGCAGCUUCACACAUUAGACCUCAGCAACAACCAACUAUUUGGGAUCCUCCCUCAGCUUCCAACAAGUUUGAGAACAUUGUCUCUGAGCCACAAUGUACUUUCAGGGAGUAUUCACUCGAUAUACGAGCUCCAAAACCUCAGAUUGUUGGACCUGAGUGAUAACAGAUUCAGUGGCAGAAUCAGAGGAAUUGUCAGCUUACCCGAGGUUGUUAGUCUGAAUUUGUCAGUCAACUGGUUCACAGAGCUGCAGGUUCCCAAAUUUGCAGGUGAAUCUACCCAUCUUGAAGUGCUUGAUGUGCAAGAAAAUCGUCUAACAGGCCACCUACCAGCAAAUUUAGCCACAAUGGAGAGGCUGACAGCAAUAUACCUGAGUCACAACCAGCUUUCUGGACCAAUUCCAAGGAGUUUUGGUGUGAGGCUAGGUGCUCCUUGGAGGCAUGUGUUCCUCAAUCACAACUUUUUGGUGGGAGGUGUACCCCCAGAAUUCGGCAUUCAAAAGGUAAAGGUGACGGGCAGCCUAGCACACAAUUGUCUCAAGUGUCCGAAAAAUGUAACCAUGUGUGAAGGAGGUCAACGCCCAGCUCCGGAAUGUGCAGGGCAAAGUGUCGAAUUUUUACAAUAG